GACUGGUCGUGAGCGGACUCCCGCCGGGAGGCAGACGAGUAAAGACGGAUUGCCUCGUGGCCGCGCGAGCAUCUCGUUGCCUUGGGGGGGAGGUGACGGAUUGCCGGCUGAAGAAGACGGCGGACGGCAAGUCCCGGCAGUUCGCAUUCGUCGGGUUCCGCAAGGAGGCUGACGCGAAGGCCGCCAUCAAGGGCUUCCACCAGACUUUCUUCGACACCGGCAAGAUCUCCGUGGAGGCGGCGCACGCGCCUGGGUCGGAGAGCCUCGCGCGGCCGUGGAGCCGCUACGCUGCGGGCUCGACGGCGCACGCCAAGAGGGGCCAGCCCGCGAAGCAGCCGCCGCCGGAGGCCUCCGGGGCCGAGAGGCAGGCCGCAGGUCGGGCGAAGGCCCGCGCCACGGCGCCCAAGCCGCUGCUGGUGGCGCCGGCCGCGGGGCAGCGGUCGGUCCGGGUCGCGGCGGUGCAGCCGCGCAGUGCUGGGACCGCCUCCCGGCGGGUGCACGUGGAGUUCGCGUCCAGCGACGACGAGGCCCCGACGGCAGGCGCCGCCUCCUCCGGGUCCCGGCCGGGCCCAGGCAGCGCCGGGGAGGGGCCGGGGGACAGCCAGAGGGCCUCUGGCGCUGCGUUCGACGAGGACCUGUCAGAUCUCGCGUACUUGCGGAAGAAGGUUUCUAGUACCUCGCCGGACGCGGUCGCCGCCGCCCCCGACUCGGCAGCUGCAGCGGACGAGGCUGACAGAGGACCUUCCAAGAAGGUCCUCAAGAAGGCGAAGAGAAAGGCAAAGAAGGGCGCGGUGGCACAGAGCGCGGACCAGGAUGGUGCCCAGGACGCCAACGCUGCAGAGGAGAACGGCAACGAUCCCGCUGUGACGCCGCAGGCGGCAGACAGUGCUGCCGACAGGGCGGGCGUGGACGACAGGGACGACCUGGAAUCCACAGGCAGGCUCUUCGUCACCAACAUCCCUUACGGGGCCACGGAGGAGGAGCUCCACGCGCACUUCGAGACUCUCGGGGAGGUCGCCUCUGUGCAUUUGUGCAAGGACGAGGACUCGCUCAAGUCCAGGGGGCUCGGCUACGUGGCCUACGUGUUCCCGGAGUGCGCCGUCCGCGCCUUGAGCGAGCUCUCCCUGAAGCCGUUCCAGGGCCGCCUCCUGCACAUGACGCCCGCGCGGUCGCGGCCCCCCGCGGAGGCCCCUGCGGGAGCUGCCGCCGCGGGCGGGUCCCGGAAGUCGGCCUACAAGCAGCGGCUGGCCGAGAAGAAGAAGGCCGAGGCGGGAAUGCAGCACACGUGGAACCUGCUGUACGUCUCGGCCAGCGCCGCCGCGGACGCGGCCUCGGCGGAGCUCGGCCUCUCGAAGGGCGAGCUGUUCGGCAAAGAGGCCCAGGGGGCGGCCGUGACGGCCGCGCUCACGGAGACGUCCAUCAUCCAGCAGACGAAGCGCUGGCUGCAGAAGGAGGGCAUCCGUGUUGACGCCUUCGAGAGAUCCGGGCCCAGCCUCGUGGCCAGCCGACUGGCCACGGAGGGCAAGGACGAGCGCCGCGAGGACGCCUUCGUCGUGAAGCACCUGCCAGCGGGCUCCAGCCUGCAGGAGCUCCGGGAGAGGUUCGCGAGGUACGGCGAGCUGAUACGGUGCACGCUGGCGCCCUCGGGCACCGUCGCGGUGGUCCAGUACGCCGAGAAGGGCCACGCGAAGCGUGCCUUCCAGAAGCUGGCGUUCUCGCGCUACCGCCACGUGCCGCUGUACCUGGAGUGGGCUCCGGGUGACGUCUUCACCGGCCCCGCGUCGGCGAGAGAGGCAGGCGCGGCGGCCGACGACGAGGCCGACGCCGCGGCCGACGCCGCGGGCAGGGACGACGGCGCCGAGGAGCCGGCUCAGGGGUGCCUCUUCGUGAAGAACCUGAGCUUUGCCACCACGGACGCGGCGCUGAAGUCCGCGUUCGCGUCCUGCAGGGGGUUCAGGUCGGCGGUGGUGAUGAAGAAGAAGGCGGCGCUGAAGCAGGGGGGCAGCGACUCGGGGAAGGAGGGCCUCUCCAUGGGUUACGGCUUCCUGGAGUUCGACACCGCCGCCAGCGCCAUGGAGGUGCUCAAGAGGAGGCAGGGCGCGACGAUCGACGGCCACGCCGUGCAGCUCCAGGUCUCCCAGGCCCGCGGCGCGGGGAGGCAGGGCGGUCGCUCCGACGCCGUGGCGAAGGCAAAGGGGCCACGGGGCAUCACGACCACCCGAAUAUGCGUGCGCAAUCUGGCCUUCGAGGCGACCCAGAAGGAGCUGCGAUCGCUGUUCGGCGCCUACGGCUCCGUGACAGCCGUGCGAAUCCCCAAGAAGGCGGACUACAGCGGUCACCGCGGCUUCGCCUUCGUGGACUUCGCGUCGAAGUCCGAGGCCGCCUCGGCUUUCGAGGCCCUGCAGCACACGCACCUCUACGGGAGGAGGAUGGUCCUGGAGCCGGCAGAGGAGAAGGCUAGCGACGUGGGCUCGGCGCAGCAGGAGGCCAUGAAGCGGCAGGCGUCCAAGGCCCUCAGGAGCGAGGCCAAGAGGAGGCGCCGCGCAGGCGUGCUCGACACCACCGGCGCCGACGCUGCCUUCGCGGAGGCGCUGGACGCCUGAGGUUGUCAAGCCCCUACACACUUCCUUCAGGGGCAACCCGCCCUGCCCCUCCCCCGCCCCCGCUGCUGCCCGCACGCUGCCGCAGCACGAGGGCCGCCGUGAGGGCCACGGCCCCGCCGGCCGCGCGCCGGCACGCGCGGCCGGCCCCCCGCGGGAGAGGCUAAGACCCUCGCCGAGGAGGGCGCUCGGAGCACGAAGAGCCACUGGCGGCGGGCAGACCUCGAAGGAGAAGCAUCGGCGUAAGCAUACACGGUCGGCGAGGCAGAGGCGGCGUGCGGCGUGGCGCCGCCGGCCCGCUCGCUCCACGCCAUCCCCCCUGCUGGGGACGGCGUGCACGGGCUCGGCAUCGCUCGG